CAAGGGGGAGGGAGAGUGAAUGUGAAUGAUCCCCUGCGGGGUCCUAAGGAAUUAGGGAGGUGAGUUACGAGGCGGGCGGUGUGGGGACGAGAGAGACGUAGGAGAGUGAGAGAGAACUGACGGGCAGGAGAGACGCGUCGGGGCAAUAAAUAGGGAGCAGGAGAGAGACGGGGCAGAAAGAGACUUUGGUGAGUAAUGGGGACGGCGUGGAGGCUGGAAAGACACGUGUGGGGCCAGCAGGACCUGUGGGAAGGAGGCGAGGGAGACGCGUGGGUAUGAAGAGACACGUGGAGGGCAUUAUCGUGCCGGGGGGACCACGGUGUGGAGAGACGCGUGUAUGGCCGGGCCUGGGAGGCAACAGGCAAUGCUGGGGGGUCCCGGGGCGGUCUGGGGGGAGCUGCGUGGGGUCUUGGUGUUCUGGCGGCUUUAGAGAACUGGGAUUAAUGGCGCGGUGGGUUGGCAGUCCCGGUUUGCCGGCCUCUCCCGUUCCUCCGGUUAAUCCCCCGCGCUCGCACGUCAGCGUUUCGUGGCGCCCGCCGCAGGGCGCUGGAGCCGCGUCCCUCCUCUCGGGAGGGGUUUCGGCCGCUCCGUGCAAGCCCCGCCACACGUGGCCCUGCGCUGCUCCCAGACACGUGUGCGACCGGCGGAGCUGCAGCUCGCCGGGCCUUUCAUGCACCUGGGGCUUGGUUCUCCCCUCGGCUGUGAGCUGACUGCCAGUACCAAAUCUUAUACAUUUCAGGUGGAUGAAGAAGAUGACUCUGACCACAUUUUAGCACUGUCUGUGGUCUGCCUCACUGAUGGUGCCAAGGACGAGUGCAAUGUGGUGGAAGUUGUUGGGCGAAACCACGAGAACCAAGAGAUUGCUGUGCCUGUGGCCAAUCUGAAGUUGUCAUGCCAGCCCUUGCUGAGUCUGGACAACUUCAAGCUGCAGCCUCCAGUGACCUUUCGCCUGGCAGCGGGCUCUGGCCCAGUGCACCUCUCUGGCUGGCACAGGAUCAUGCACAGGGAAGAGGCUUCCUUAGAGGACGAUGACUUGUCUGAGGAGGAUGAGGAGGAGCUUCCUCCUAUUAAGCCAGCCAAGAAGUAGGAGGAGGAAGCAGUAACUUGGCUGCAGGCAAGGUACUCACUGGGACUUCUCUCACUGGAUGAUUUUUACCUUGGACACCUGUUGCCAGGACCUCAACAUUUGCUGCCUUUUUUUUUUUUUCUUUUUUUCUUUUUUUUUUUUAAAUGCUGUUUUAACAUUUUGGGGAGCAGAGGCUGCUCCCAGCACUGGAGUGUCUCCUUUCACACAGCUCUGGGAGGGUGAUCCCAAAACUGGAUGGAUGCUGCUGGUAUAUCCCCUCUCCCCAGUCCCUGUUCUGGGAGUUGGGGAUGCAGGAGGUGAUCCUUACCCUGUGCCUUUUUGCUGUCCUGGACCUCUGCUCUGUGCACUCCCUUUCCCUGGCUGUGAAAUACUCAGUCCUGGCCCCUUCUCCAGCAGAUGGAUGUAAAGCCAGCUGUGGGACAGGCACUUUCACUGAUUCUAAUGUGUUUGCUCUUGCUUACUCACAGUUUGGUGUGUUUUAUAUACGUGGAACUGUGAAAAUGGGGCCCAGGCUCUGUUCUUGACUGCAAUUACGGUGGGGUGGGAGCUCACAGCCUGAUUUCGGGGAGGUUCUGGGUCAAUCUGCAUUGUAAAGAACUGUUCUUACACUCAAUAAAGAUCUCUCAGGCAUCAGGUCUGAAGAAAGGCCACUGUUGGCUGGCAAAUUCUUCCCAUGCAUGCUUCAGUGGGCCAAGUUUGA